UUCAUGUCCUUCAUGGAUGGCUCCAUCACAUCAACCGCACUCUACACCAUUGGCGUCGAAUUUGAAUCAUCAACCAAAGUAACCUGGAUUGCAUUGGCUUACUCUCUGGCAGACGUAGGACUGGCGAUUGUCUUUACCACCGUGGCAAACAUCGUUGGUCGAUUCAAAGCCUACUUGGCCGCACAAACCAUCUUUGUAGCAUUCUCAUUUGCAGCAGGCUUUGCAAAGUCCCUCGACCAACUCAUUGCCUUUCGAACGCUUCAGGGAAUUGGGGGAUCUGGACUCUACACCUUGGCCCUAGUCAUCUGGCAGGAAGUGAGCACGCCGGCGAGGCGAAAAUGGAUUGGUGCAUCCAUUGGGCUGUGCGUUGCUGCUGGCGGUGUCAUGGGCCCCAUUCUUGGAGGUCUGAUCACAGGCUCGACCACGUGGCGCUGGAUAUUCUGGAUCAAUCCGCCCAUAUCACUCAUCUCAACCACUCUUUUUAUUGUCUCAUUCCCACAUGGUCGCGGCCGGCUGCCUAAGGGAAAUGUCCGAGCCAUUCGAAGAUUCGAUGUGGUCGGGUGCGUACUCCUCAUCGCAGGCUGCGUACUGCCCGUCUUCUCCUUGAUGCACGGCGCCGAAAAGCCGGGAAGCUGGGACGACGCAAUUUUCAUCGGCGCCAUCGUUGCCGGCAUAGUCAGCUGGAUUGCUUUGAUUCCGUGGGAAAUGUAUAUCGCCAGGAAGCACGGAGACAAGCUUGAUGCCGUCUUCCCCAUUCACAUGUUCAAAAAUCGCAGAUACGCUGCGAACGCUGCAAGCUCCCUUCUGAUGGGUGUAGGCUUGUGCCUGGCCAUCUACGAUGUUCCAUUACGUCUUCAGACUGUGAAUGGGAAGAGUCCUAUGCAAGCCGGGAUAAGUCUGCUGCCUCUGCUCUGUUUUUCCGCUAUUGGGAGCACCCUGGGCACGUUGCUGUCGCCACAACGCGACAAUCUCUGCCCCACCAUCGCAGUGGGUUCGGCCUUCAUGGCCCUUGGCACAGGCCUCUUAGCAACCUUGUCCGAUGCUCAAGCUGUGGAGGCGAAGCUGUACGGCUUCCAGGUCUUUGUUGGUCUGGGAUUUGGCAUGACGGCCUCCUCAUCCAGCCUGAUCAGCAACAUCGAGUCAAAGCCGAAGGAUCACGCGGUCGCCCAGGGUGUCGUCGCUGCUGCUCGUGUUUUCGGUGGCAGCGUUGGGUUGGCAGGUGGUACUGCCAUCUUAGGGCAGAAGGUCCUUACACAACUGCGUGGUGUUGUCACGACAGAUCAGAUGUCCCAUCUCACUUCCGUCAUGAAGGACAAGACCCCGACCCAGCUUGCCGCGAUCCGACAUACAUAUUCCGAUGCCUUCAACGAGACUUUCAUCAUGGCCGCCGCGAUCUCUGUUGCUGCUUUUAUCGCUGGAGUUUGUACGUGGAACGACAGCAAGGAAGAUUUCCUCGAUCGUCUCGCGCAUAAGGGACAGAUGCAGCCCGAUGUUAAACCGCAGAUCGACAGUUGAGAGGGCAAGCAAGCUCGGCUUCACCGGGCUGGGCUGGGAAAAAGCUAGCUUGGGCAUUUCAGCUUAUCUAAUAAUUUUCUACUAUGUACAUAGAUACUAGUAAUGCAAGCUCGGCUUACCU